GCGCUACUCACCCGAGACUUCAUUCGACGCAAGCCGUCGGUAAGAAGAUCUUGGCGUUUCCUGCUCGCUAAUCGCUCGACGCAAGGUUGCCUCCCGAGCCAGAACAGGAGCUCUUCGAAACCCUAGCUUCCUCACGGGCCACGGAUUCAAACCCUAAAUCUCUUCGUCCGAUUGAACCGGGCUUCUCCGUCGUCGGCGAUCCGUGGCGGCUGCGGGCGGCGGGGGGCGGCUGUGGAGAUGGAGCUCUUGGACGGGGAGUUGGAACUGAGGGAGAUCCAGAAGCUGGAAGGUCACACCGAUCGGGUCUGGAGUCUCGCGUGGAACCCCGCGGCUACUGGCGUCGCCGGGAUGCUUGCCUCUUGCAGCGGCGAUAAGACGGUCAGGAUCUGGCAGAAGGGGCCUUCUGGUUCCUGGAAUUGCUCGUCUGUUCUUGAAGAUACUCACACUCGGACGGUCCGGUCUUGUGCAUGGUCUCCUAGUGGAAAAUUGUUGGCUACAGCAAGUUUUGAUGGUACAACUGCCGUAUGGGAACAUGUUGGCGGUGAAUUUGAAUGUGUUGCGACACUUGAGGGUCAUGAAAACGAAGUUAAGAGUGUCUCGUGGAAUGCCUCUGGAUCCUUGCUUGCAACAUGUGCUCGAGAUAAGACUGUUUGGAUCUGGGAAGCUCAACCGGGUAAUGAAUUUGAGUGUGUUUCGGUAUUGCAAGGUCACACACAGGAUGUUAAGAUGGUCCAGUGGCAUCCCUUCCUGGAUAUUUUGGUUUCUGUUGGCUAUGACAACUCUGUCAAGGUCUGGACUGAGGAUGGUGAUGAUGAUUGGCAUUGUGUGCUAACAUUAGGUGAAGCUAACAGUGGGCAUACAUCUACAGUCUGGGCAUUAUCUUUCAACUCUGCUGGGGAUAGAAUGGUUACAUGCAGUGAUGAUCUUACUUUGAAGAUAUGGGAUACUUCACAGAAUCCAUCUGAGACAAGUGGUGAUGGCAAUGGAUCUUGGAGUCAUCUGUGUACCCUUUCUGGAUAUCAUGAUCGGACCAUAUUCUCAGUUCAUUGGUCAAGGGAGGGUUUAAUUGCGAGUGGAGCGGCUGAUGAUGCUAUACGCCUUUUUACUGAGAGUAAAGACAGUUUGGUUGAUCAACCAUCUUAUAAGAUGUUGGUUAAGAAAGAAAAAGCUCAUGACAUGGAUGUGAACUCCGUGCAAUGGAAUAUGAAGGAACCAAGACUUCUUGCUUCAGCCAGUGAUGAUGGGACGAUAAAGAUCUGGGAACUUUCAGUAGUGUCCAAGUAACAUCUCUUGUUUAUGGCCCAAGAGAUGAAGAGUGAACAUCAUUAAAUGGUUUUCAACAUACCUGUCCUCAUAUAGCCAUUUUACAUGUAGGAGUAUGUUCAUCAUGCUGGUCACUUUUAGUCUGUUGAUGAAUAAAAAUGUAAUCUUGGGUGGUAGAAGUUAAAACCAUUGAUGUUCUUCAUAUUAUUCUGUUUUUUUUAUGGAAUAAUUAGUUAGAACAGUCUGUGAGCAUGUUUCUGUAUGGUAUUAUUUAUCUGUACCAGUUAUGGCCAUUGUGGCCUUCUAUCCAUGAUGUAAUAAACUUGAUCCAAUGCCAAAAUGACUGUUAUUGAUCUUA